AUGCUUACUGCAACUCAAAUGACAGACGAGAAUGUCUCAAAAAAUUUCCAAGAUCCUCUAAGUCGCUCGAGAGCGGAAAUUUCUUUGGAGACAACCUUCGCCAUUCUGAUCUGCCUCGCUUUCAUACUUGUUUAUGUGCUGGUUCUUUACAUUGUCAAUAGAUACUCCGAGUUUAUACUCUUGAACGUGGAAAUUGAGCCAGGAAUGGUAUGAAAUUUCCACAUCAGUGCAGUGAUAUAUUGGUUUUUUGCUUUCAUGUUCAAUAUAGGCUUAAUUGCCCAAAAAAAGAUUAAUUAAAAUCGUCAAUACAGCCUUGUAUAACAGCCUUGUAUAAAUUCUAUUCAGAUGCCUUUGUUUAUACUUUCAACUGGGAGGGAAGGACAAUAUUUUUCGUCAUAUUUAUUGCAAGGUCUUCUCGUGUUUACUGGUGGAGUACUGUGCUCUGGGGCCCUUAGCAACAAUAGACAAGCUUUCUUCAUCUCUAAACAGGAAAAU